CGGCUGCCACAGAGCCCUGAUCCAAACGAAGAAAGUACGAAACCAGAAGGUCACGAUCGAAACUACUCUUCUUCAUCGGAGCUCUUCUUCAGUUCUUCACAGGAUCAAUUUCUUCCAUUUUGAGCUCUUCUUCUGAGCUUCUUCAGCUAAUUUUCAGAUCUUCUCUCAUUGUCUAGCGGUUAGGAAAAAAGACUGCUUUCCCCAUCGCAAGAUAAGUUGCGAAAUAUAGCCGGGCGACCCAAUUUGAUGAUUACAAUGGGUUACGUUGGACUGAAGCGAUUGGGGGUAGGGCUGCGUUUCCAGUGGAACAGGGCAGCGCGAUGGGGAUGGAAUCGCCACUGCCAUACGAACAUAUCCUAUCCAAACCUCAGUGCCAAGCCUACACCAGAGGGGCGGCGGAUCUAUGAAGCUGACGAGACUAUUCUUCCAGCUGAUUAUCAAAGCAAUAACACCAAGCCUACACCGAAGCGGCAGAUCUAUGAAUCUGACCAGGAGGAAAAGUUGUCGUGGGAGUUUAUUCCAUAUCACCUUGAUGAGGAAAGGUUUGACGUCGGGUCUCUGCUAGACGAAUGGGUUGUAGUUCAUAAUAAUGAGGUUUCGGCGGGUGAGCUCAAGAGGAUCCUUACCAAACUUCGUAAGGAUGGGCGAUUCUCUGUAGCUCUAAAGGCUUUUGAAUGGAUGUGGAAGAAAGGUAUUUAUAAAUUCUCAUCUAUGGACCAUGCGGUCCAUGCGAACUUGAUUUAUGAGGUUCGAGGAUGUUCUGCCGCAGAGCACUAUGUCAGGAACUUGCCAGAACAAGCUAGAAACGAGAGGACGUAUGGUGAACUCCUGCAUUGCUACGUGCAUAAAGACAGAACAGAGAAGGCCUUGUUCCAUUUUGAGAAGAUGAAAGAGUUGGGUUUUGUGUCGUCGCCCCGCCCUUUCAAUGAGAUCAUGCACCUUUAUGCCAAGAGUCUCAAAAUUGAAAAGGUCCUUGGGGUGUUGGCGGAUCUGAAGAAGACCGAGGUUUUGCCUGAUAAUGAUAGUUACAGGAUCUGCAUUAGUUCAUUUGGGUUAAAGCACGAUAUGGAUGGGAUGGAGAGAAUGCUGAGAGAAAUGGAGAGUCAGCCCCACAUUGUCAUGGACUGGUGUACGUAUGCCGUGGUAGCUGAGUUCUAUGAAAGAGAAUUCCUUGUAGAUAAGGCCACCGAUGCUCUUGAAAAGGCAAGGAUGGCAUUACAGAAGAAGAGGAAGAAGAAUAGAGGAAACUACAAUUUGAUGAGCAGUGAUUACGAGAAUGUGGUGAAGUCACUAGUGAAGCUUGGUGAGUUGGCUGAGGCUAAGAAGUAUGCCAAGGAGUGGGAAGCACUCGGUAAUUGGCGCAGUGUGGAUGAUAUUUGCAUCCCCUACACAAUCAUUGAGGAAUACAUCAGAAAUGGUGCAUUAUUGAAGGCGCAUUAUAUAAUCUGGCAUUGGACCAUUAAGGGGAAGAUGGGCGUCUACAACCUCUCACGCAUACUUUGCAAUGAAUGCAUUAAAGUGGGCGACCUGCUUCAAGCAUUUAAGUGCUUUUUGGUAGAGCAUUGGAACAGUGUUAAUGUUAAUAGGUUGUUCAUCCAAUACCUAGAAGAAGAAUGUGGAUCAUUUUUCCCCUUACGCUGUGCUGGAUCAUUGUGCACUAGAUCACUUAAAACUGCAGCGGGCAAAACGUUGUUGGAGCUCAUUCCACUCAAUGAGAAAUUCAAAUUCAAAGUCGCUUUACUGGAACAUCCAGAGGACUCGGGGGCCCAAGCAGUGAAGAAUUUGGAUUAUGAGAAUAUUAUAAAGUCACUAGUGGAGUCUGGGGAGUUGAGUGAGGCCAGGAAGAUGGCAAUGGAGUGGGGAGCAACUGGGAACUUGACGAGUCUCGACGAAUUAAACAUUUCCAAGUUGAUCAUCGACGGAUAUUGUAAACAGUCCCUCUUUAUGGAAGCGGAGGCAAUGGCUGUGGAUUGGACAAGAGACAACAAGUGUUGGGUUCGAGGGAUUUGGUUGAUACUCGCUUGUCAUUACCAGGAGCAUGGAAAAAUGGUAAGAGGAUUGGAGUGCAUGAGGAGAUUUUUUAGCUUAACACCGAGUCUCAAAGGCAACGACCAUUUGAUGCUUCAGAUGUUUAUGUUUAUGGUUGAAUAUUCAAGAGGCAUUAAGGCAGCCGGGUGCUUUGGGUAUCGCUGGUUAGAUUUCAUUGACUUGGAUCGUUUGCUGUGUCCAAAAGAAUUCUGGUAUCGUUGUAAAUCGUACCCCUCCAAUUAGGGGUGUGCAUUAUUUGGUCCGGUCUUCGGUCCUCAUUUUUUCCUCAUUCGGGUUCCGGUCCGGUUUUGGGGUAAUGUUGUUGUUGGGUUCGUAGUUAGUUAUAGAGUUAUUCUUUUCAUUGACAUUAUUUAUUAGCUAGCUCAAUAAUGCUCUUUUGUUUUCAUUCCUCCUCUUGGACUGUAUUACCCUUGUCCAAAUCAGUUCAACUACUCCGUCAUGUAUCAGAAUAAUGAUGUUGUACUUGUUAGAAAUUCUGUGAAACUUUUAAUUUUUUGGAUAUGAUCUUGUGGAGCCCGACUUAACCAUUACAUUGACAUAAGUGAUAAAUUUCAUUAUAUUCU